AUGAGCAUGCUCGCAGAGCCCUUUAUCGUCAGCUACGUCGUAGACCAGUACGUCGACACCUCCAGCGACUCCUCCCUCCAGGAGCCGUUCUCUCUUCAGGACGAUGAGGCCGAGAAGAGGAAGAAGGGAGUACCAGCUGUCGUCAUGAAGAAGAGGCGCUUGGCAGCGAACGCAAGGGAGCGCCGGAGGAUGCAGAACCUCAACCAGGCCUUUGACAGGCUGAGGACGGUACUCCCGCAGAUCGGCAACGACAGGCAGCUUUCCAAGUUCGAGACCCUCCAGAUGGCGCAGACUUACAUCAACGCCUUGUACGAUCUUCUAAGGUAG